GGAGGGUGGUGCUACAGGGAUUGUACAAUAGUGAGCGCCCCAAUAGAUAGAUACAGCUUUCUACACGGUCUGCUGUUCCAAGAGAGCUGCCAUUCACCCGGGGAAUAGGGCUUCGCACACACCUGCUGCAAAUGAAUGCUCCAUAAGUUAAAAAGACAUCAGUGAGAGACUGGAGCAGAACCGGACAGUGACUGUGCUGCAGGCUCAGGAGUACCAUGCUGCCCCGCUGUGCACUUAGUGUGUGUCAUGUGCUUAUGUUGGUGCUGUGUCUGUCUUCGGCUGAGGACUUCGACUGGACAAAGAACGACCACGGCUCCUUCUAUUAUGGCACUUUUCCAGCUGGAUUUUCGUGGGGUGCCGGCAGUUCAGCCUAUCAAACAGAAGGAGCCUGGGACAAAGAUGGAAAAGGACUGAGCAUCUGGGACGUGUUCAGUCAUAAGAAAGGCAAAAUCCAACAAAAUGACACUGGGGAUUCAUCCUGUGAGGGCUACCACAAAGUCAGGGAUGAUGUUUCUUUGAUGAAGGAGCUGAAGCUCAACCACUAUCGCUUCUCCAUAUCCUGGCCAAGACUCAUCCCCACUGGCAUCAAGUCUGACCAUAUAAAUGAAAAGGGAAUACAGUACUAUGAUGAACUUAUCGACCAGCUGCUGGAAAACAAGAUCACUCCCAUUGUCACUCUGUAUCAUUGGGAUCUUCCACAGGUCCUUCAAGAGAAGUAUGGUGGAUGGCAGAAUAUAAGCAUGGUUAAUCAUUUUAAUGAAUUUGCCAACCUUUGCUUUGAAAGAUUUGGCAGUAGAAUCAAAUACUGGAUCACUUUCAACAACCCAUGGUCCAUAGCUGUUGAAGGCUAUGAGACAGGGGAGCAUGCUCCUGGACUGAGAUUAAAAGGAACAGGGGCGUAUAAAGCUGCCCAUCACAUAAUCAAGGCACAUGCUAGAGUUUGGCACACUUACGAUACCCAAUGGAGGGCAAAACAAAAAGGUCUGGUUGGGAUCUCUCUGUCUGGAGACUGGGGAGAGCCGGUGGAUCUCAGCAACCAGAAAGACAUAGAAGCAGCUGAGAGAUAUGUUCAGUUCUACCUAGGCUGGUUUGCUACACCUAUAUUUCAUGGAGACUACCCUCAGGUGAUGAAAGACUUCAUUGGAAGGAAAAGUGUCCAACAGGGCCUGGGCACAUCUCGCCUGCCAACAUUUUCACCCCAAGAAAAGAGCUACAUCAAAGGCACCUGCGACUUCCUCGGGAUCGGUCAUUUCACCACCCGCUACAUCACCCAAAAGAACAACCCGUCAGGUCGCAGCAGCAGCAGCUACUUCACGGACCGCGACCUGGCUGAGCUGGUUGACCCACGAUGGCCUGACCCGGGGUCUGAGUGGCUCUACUCUGUGCCAUGGGGUUUCAGACGUCUACUCAAUUUUGUCAAGACUCAGUAUGGAAACCCGAUGGUUUAUGUGACCGAGAAUGGAGUCUCUGAGAAGAUGCAGUGCACUGAGUUGUGUGAUGACUGGAGGAUACAGUAUUUUAAGGACUACAUCAAUGAGAUGCUGAAAGCUAUUAAGGAUGGAGUCAAUGUGAAGGGCUACACUGCCUGGUCCCUGCUGGACAAGUUUGAGUGGGAUGAAGGUUACUCUGAGAGGUUUGGCCUGUACUACGUGGACUUCAGGAACAAAAACAAGCCUCGUUAUCCAAAAGCUUCUGUCCAGUUUUACAAACGCGUCAUCAGCUCCAAUGGCUUUCCCAACCAAAGAGAGGUUGAGAACUGGAGGAGGAAGGCUGUUGAGACCUGUUCUUCCAGCAACCAGCUCCUCGCUGCAGAGGAACAGCGGAGUACUGCUGCCAAUAUUCUAAGACUUAUACAUGACCCUCUGACCAGCCACAUGGAGAUGGUUACUGAGAUUGUUGUUCCCACUGUGUGCACACUCUCCAUUCUGCUAAGCGCCAUCUUCCUCAUGUUCCUGCUGCGAAGGCGGAACUAAAAAAGGAGCUCUCACAGUGUGCAUGUUUACAAACACAAACAUUACCACACUCAUAAUGUAAAUACAUUAUUACUUUAAUUGAGCAUGUGUGACUAUAAGUACAUUAUUUGAACUGAAUUACAAGAGAAUCUGUGACUUUCUCAUUUUGGUGUGCAUACAAUUUGUGCUGUAACAAAUUAAAAAGACCUACUGUAUGACAAUGAAUUUAAUAACAGACGGUAAAACUGUGUGGGCAGCCCCGCAACAUUCUGGAUUUUCUUAUUGAAUUAUUGCUGAAGUUCUGUAACUAUGACAACAAAGAUUAGAUUGAGAGUGUCAAAGACGAUACAGUACAUAAAUAAAACAAGUUGGUCACUUUAAAUAUUUGACAAAACUACAGAGGAUGAACAAGAAACCAGUUAGUGGUCCUUGUAAACUUUCUGAUGCAGAAUAAGACUAUAUAGCUUCUUCUUGUGGCAUUGAUACAAUUUGGAAUACUAAUGAGAAUAUCUAAAAAUGCCAAAUAAACACCUCCUUUGUUGUUAA